CCCUUCCCGCCCGAGGUCCUGGCCGAGGCCCUCAACACCCACCUGCGGCACCCGGCCAUCAGGGUCCUGCGGGCCUUCCGAGUGCCCAGCGACUUCCACGCUCGCCACGCAGCCACGUCCCGGACCUACCUGUACCGCCUGGUCACUGGCUGUCACCGGCCUGCUGAGCUGCCGGUGUUUGAACGCAACCUAUGCUGGACUCUCCAGGCAGACUGCCUGGAUGUGGCCGCCAUGCAAGAAGCUGCCCAGCACCUCCUCGGCACACAUGACUUCAGCGCGUUCCAGUCGGCCGGCAGCCCGGUGCCAAGCCCUGUGCGAACGCUGCGCCGUGUCUCCGUGUCCCCAGGCCAGGCCAGCCCCUUGGUCACCCCCGAGGAGAGCAGGAAGCUGCGGUUCUGGAGCCUGGAGUUUGAGAGUCAGUCCUUCCUGUAUAGACAGGUACGGAGGAUGACCGCUGUGCUGGUGGCCGUGGGGCUGGGGGCUUUGGCACCUGCCCAGGUGAAGACGAUUCUGGAGAGCCGAGACCCCCUGGGGAAGCACCAGGCACGUGUGGCCCCAGCCCACGGCUUAUUCCUCAAGUCCGUGCUGUAUGGGAGCCUCGGUGCUGCCUCCUGCACCCUGCAGGGGCCACAGUUCGGAAGCCACAGAUGACCCGGGACACUCGGCAAAGUCAGGCCACACCAGGCCCAACCCUCUGCUGGUCAAGCAGGGCGGUCAGCCGCUUGGGGCCCACAGCACUGCUGCCCAGCCUCCACAGCAGCCUCCCUGCCCAGGUCCCACCAGCCUGGAUGCCCCUCUGUAUCGUAGGCGGGAUGGGGUGCAGUGCAGGACACAGCCAUGGACACCGAGAAGAAGGUACCAAGUAGCCUUUCGUUCAGCUUUUACUGGAAACUGCUGUCCGGGACUCCCUGCCCUAACCAUCGUUUGGGGGCCCAGGAGCAGGAAUAAAGGCAAGACAGCCCGGA